CUGCUCACAGCUCUCACACACAUCGGAGAGAGGAAUAACACACAGCCGGAGCUCUCAUUCAAACACUCAUUCUUCUUCUUCUUCUUCUUCUUCUUCUUCUUCUUUGGGUGCUGUUCACCUGAGAACACGCGUUUAACUCACCUGCAGUGUCAGCUGCGUGAUGCCGCAGUGAGGUCACCGGAGCCGCGGACAGUCAGCUGCUUUCACCGCCUCCCGGGAGCGGCGGAGAAAGUCUGUUUGUUUGGAUCAUUUUAAUCAGAGGAUACGAGCGGGAUUCACACCUGGAUUGCUGCUGUUUGAGGACAUCAUGCCUCAGACUCCUCCCUUCAGCGGGCAGCUGAACACCAGCAGCUACAACAAGAACCUGUUCCAGAGCAAAGACGAGGGCUUCCCCGGCCUCUAUUACCAUGACAACCACCUGGCGUCCGGCUCCCUGGAGGCCCUCAUUCACCACCUGGUCCCCACCGUGGACUACUAUCCAGAUAGGACGUACAUCUUCACCUUCCUGCUCAGCUCUCGCCUCUUCAUCCACCCGUAUGAGCUCAUGUCCAAAGUGUGUCAGCUGUGCAUGGAGCAGCAGAGACUCAGCGACCCCCAGGCUGACAAGCUGAGAGUCCGAAAGAUCACCCCGAAGAUCCUGCAGCUGCUGGCCGAGUGGACCGAGACGUUCCCCUACGACUUCAGAGACGAGAGGAUGAUGAGGAGUCUGAAGGAGCUGACGCACCGGCUCGCCACCGGAGACGAGGUGUACAGGAAGGCGGUGGGUCAGAUGAGUCAGGGUCUGAUCCGGAGGCUGACGGUGCUCAGUCAGUACGAGGAGGCGCUGGUGAAGAUCAACGCCACGGCGGCGGAGAGACUGUCGGCCCUGAAGGCGAAGCCUCAGGCGACCCUCCAGAGAGACAUGCUGUCCAUCUGCAACGACCCGUUCACCGUCGCCCAGCAGCUCACACACAUAGAACUGGAGAGACUGAGUUACAUCGGGCCUGAAGAAUUCGUCCAGGCCUUCGUCCAGAAAGACCCUCUGGACAACGAUAAGAGCUGCUUCAGCGAUCACAAGAAGGCCAACAACCUGGAGGCGUACGUGGAGUGGUUCAACCGCCUCAGUUAUCUGGUGGCCACAGAAAUCUGCAUGCCCGUGAAGAAGAAGCAUCGAGCGCGAGUCAUCGAGUUCUUCAUCGACGUGGCGCGCGAGUGCUUCAACAUCGGCAACUUCAACUCCCUCAUGGCCAUCAUCUCCGGCAUGAACAUGAGUCCCGUGUCUCGACUGAAGAAGACCUGGAGCAAAGUCAAGACGGCCAAGUUCGACAUCUUAGAGCAUCAGAUGGAUCCUUCCAGCAACUUCUACAACUACAGGACGUCUCUGAGAGGCGCCACGCAGAGGUCGAUCACCGCCAACAGCAGCAGAGAGAAGGUGAGGAGACGAGGAUAA